UCUUACCUUGCUCGCUGAUGGAUUUUAUGACAACGUUACAAGACUCGGCUCGGAAGGGCAAUGGGUGUGCGCCGUGGCAGUAAAAAAACAAACAAAAAAGACUUCUCCAACUUCUUGUUAUUCUCCUCCUACUUCUCCUCCUUCCUGUUCUUGGGUUUAUGAUUGAUUGCAUUUUAUGAUUUCAGACGCAGCGGCGUGGCCCCGAGAUCACCUCGGCAAGGGAGGGAGGCGGGGUGAGGAGUCGCUUAACCGUCCGUCGUGUUUGGAGUCGAUUUUAAUUGACCGUAAAUCGUCACGCUACUGUUUGGGCGUCCUCGGUCAAGCGAUGCUAAAUACCUGUGGAAGAAAGCAACGAUCGGUGUCAUAAUCAUCAUCGUAAUUAUCAACAUAAUUGUCAUCGUAAUCGUCAUCAUACGCGUCAUUAUAAGCAUCAUCAUCGUCAUAAUCGUCAUGUUAAUCAUCAUCAUAAUCGUCAUCAUAAUCGUCAUCAGCAUGCGAGUGCGCUAUCAACGUAACGACUGCGCGUAAUUCUCGUCCGGGCUGUUCAUCAUCGCCGCCAUCGUCGUACAGACACACUUAUUCUGCAUUUAUCACGAUUGCACGUGCGCUACUAUUAGUUACACAUCAUCAUCACCACUACCACCACCACCACGAUGAUUUCACAUCGCCACCGUCAUUAAUGUCCGUGCGCAAUAUUACAAAACUCAUCGCAAAGUGCAACCGUCUCCAGUAAGCAAGUGGCGCCGAUGUGCUUUACAAACAAACAACAACCCCAGCAGAAAACAACACUCAGAUACAUUUUCAUUCCGAGCACCGCCAGAAGUUUCAAUCGAAACGAAACAACAAUGAUAAUACAACAACAACAACAAUGAUGAUGAUGAUGAUAAGAAACAGCAUAAACGUUAACCUCAACACCGCCGGCGGUAACGCGCGCGUGAACGCAAAGUGUCCCCGAGCGCGUCGAUUCACCGAUGAACGUUCGCGUGAACUCCUCACCUCGCCUUCGUUCCGGCAUCCGUGGGAUGGAAGUCCGCUGUAAAAAGCAAAACCCCCGCGUAUAAACGUUUCGCCUUUGCCCUCUGCCGGAGGCGGAACUCGGUGAGGGUGUUUUUCUCUCUCUCUCUCCCUCUCUGUGUGUGUUCUGUCGCUUUACUGAUCUGCGUGACCCAUUCCGUCCUAUCUCGGCUCAGGUGUGUGCGUGCGUGCGUGCGCGCGCGCGUGCGCAAAGCUGCGGUGACUGUCCUUGACAUUUGCUUCCAUCUCGGAGUAGGUAACUCGCCGCCGCCGUUAUAUUCGCUCUUUGAAGUCGUGCCAGGUCGUAAAAAAAAAAACUCGCUCGGCAAUUUUGAAAGAGAUCUCAGCGCCGGCGGUGGGAAUGAAGGUUCCUGCAAAUUGCGCUCAGUGACGAAUUGCCCCCGUUGCUAGACUUUUAGUCGGACGCGGUGUUUGCUCUGCGCGUCACUCUCUCGGUUUCGAGUCAAUUUUUGACCAGACCCGGGGCGAGCGGCAUCUCUCCCCGCGACGCGUGUCGAUAGGGGCGGCCGCGAAGUGAGCCUCAACUACUCCGUGGCGGAGCCGCACCGCGACUUACGCACCACCAACUCCGGGAGGAGGAGGGAGAGGAAGCAGAGGAGAAGCUCGUGGAGUGCUUAGGGGUAUUUAUUUUUUAAGCAUUACCAGAAAAGAGAAAGAAAACAACAAAACCCUUGCGUUCGCGCGCGGGGAGCCCUCCGUUCGCAAGUCACGGACACGGCGAGGUGAGUAGCGUCUCGCUGUGCGCGGCAGUACGAGUGAAUGGAUCAGGACUACAAAGGCUCAGAGACCCCUGGUGAGAAGGUAGGGCUGCUUCAGGAUCCCGCCCGACCUCCCAUGGGGAUGGUCUUCCACGGGAACCUGAGCUUCCCCGGGCCGGGCUCCAUGCAGCCGAUCUUCGGCGCGCGCUCCUAUCCGCUCCACGCCGACCAAGUUUCGAUGCCGACUACGCCAUCGGCCCUCGACCGCGACUCCCCGACGCUCGAUCCCCUGCGCUACAUUCCACAAUCGCUGAGCGGCCACGGAGGAUCCGAUCAGCAGGCCUCUCUGCCGGUCUCACUGCCGACCUCGGUGCCGGCGCUGAUGGCUGGCAGGCACCAGCAGCACCUGCACAACCCGCAUCACCACCACCACCACCACCCCCCCCAUCCCCACCCCGUCGGCACCGCGUCCUCGGCCUAUCAGUACCAGCGCUCGCCCGCUGAGUGCCAGGUCACCGCGUCCCCGCUCUACCCGACGUGGGCGCAGAUGGACUACCAGAGGGCCGCCGUGCUCGGUGGCCCGGCAGACGGUGGCCUCUCCGACCAGAGGAUGGGCCACUAUGGCCACCACCAUCACCAUCACGCGGCGCCUUACUACAGUCCGCCCUACAGCAGCGGAGCGCUCAACCACGGUCUCGCCAACAUGUCCUCGGCGCUCGCACUGGGCGGCAUCCCGGGCCACUGGCCGCAGGCGGCGCAGGGCACUUCGUGCGCCACGCGGCCCCGCAAGAAGCGCGUCCCCUACAGCAAGCAGCAGAUCUCCGAGCUGGAGAGAGCCUUCGACGAGAACCGAUUCCUCACCCCGGAGCUGCGCCUCAGCAUCUCGCACCGGCUCAGCCUCACCGAGCGACAGGUCAAGAUUUGGUUCCAGAAUCAGAGGCAGAAGGAGAAGAAGCUAAUGCGAAGGCAGCAGAGUGGAGCCGCGGCCAACGCCACCAACAUGAACAACGGGAGCGGUGGCACGACCGGCUCGGCGACUCUCCCGUGAGAGGCUCGCCUCGGCCUCUCCUCGCCCGGCUCCCCACG